AUGAUCAGAUUCUACUGCGAGAUGAAAAAAGCCGCUUAUCAACCUCAUGCCCCUCCCAGAUUGAAAUGUGAUAACUUUGAGAAGAUAUUCAACAUCUGGGGUGUGACCGUUCUUGCAGUUGGUAGUCAACCAAACUUCGACAAGGCCGCUGGUUCAAACCUCCACCACGAGACCUUGCGAAGAGCUCAAGAGCACCUGAAUAAGCCGGAGACCAAUGAUCAUCGCUAUGCACGCCUUCUCCUUCAGUCCUCAAGCCUUCUGGAUAUUGACAUUAUUUAUGAACCUACUCAACUAUCUCAAGACUACCUGAAUAUGCAACCGAAUCUCCCCAAUGUCAAGUGUGCCAUAACGGACGACGCAGAUGCAACCAGAGCAACGGGACGAAGACUCUACGGAACGUCAUGUAGUACAUGCGGUCAACUCAUCCAGUCGAAGGUAUACUACGAGUGCAUGCAGGACUGCGAGCCUUACAUCCGGUACGAGUAUGAGCAUACCAAGCAUGAGUGGCAGGAACGCAGGUUCGACACAGCCUCCAUGAACUCCACGUCACGUCUUCGAGCUACGAGCUCAACUGAACAAGUACAUAAAUAUAAUGAACAUGAGAUAUUAGAAGACGAGAGCGAGAUGGAAGAAGAGAGCGAGAGUGAAGAGGAUAGCGACAUGGGAGACGAGUGCGAGAGUGAGAUGGAAGACGGGUGUGAGAGUGAAGAUGAUAGUGGGUUAGAGGAUCAAAGUGGGACGAGUGAUAAGAACCGCACAAAAGGAAUCUACACGGGCAAGAAGAAACAGGAUCCAAAUCGUCCAACCGCUUCUAAAUUCUCCUGGCGAGAAAAACUAGCCAUGGGCCCAUGA